AGAAGGGAAGACGGCGAUAUCCCGAUAAUACAAGUUGUUCGAUCGCGAUAUAUCAAGCGUAAACAGUUUGUUGCUAUGCGUUUGUGGAGAUUGCGAAAUCUGUCUUAUUGUAUGAAAAUUUCAAGAAUCUUACAUUUAAACUGAUAAGAAGGAUUUCUGUUAUUUCCAAAGUUAACGUGCAGGGGAAGAACUGGAAAAAUACCCUUACAGCAUUCAAACGAAACCUGAAGAAGAUUCAACAUGGCACCGAAGAAGAAAGGAAAGUCGGCCAAGAAGGGAAAACUUGCUAAAAUGACAGAGGAAGAAAGAAUAUUAUAUCUUGAACAGAAAGAGCUUGCAGAGAAAGAAAUGCAGAAAAAGAAAGAGGAUAUGCUCAAUCAAUUUCUAAAGGAUAAACUUGUGAAAGAGGAGAGGAAUACCCGGUUCAACAUGUACAAGAUCACUCACCAGUGGAGAAACAUCAUGCGUGCUGCUAAGUCAAGGGAACUCAAGAAUGAUAUUGAGAUUCUGAGUCAAACCUUUGAGCGUGUGGUGGACAGGAAAGACAGUGUCAUCAAAUCAUUGGUGAAAGACCUGCAGGAAGCAGAAGAACAGUAUGCCAUGGGGCUAAGGAGUCAUCUCCAGAAUAUGGAUGGACUUGUUGACCUUCAAAAGAGCAGACUACAGAUCCUGAAAUCAGAAUAUCUUGAUGAGCUGGAGAUCCUGAAGAAAGAAUUUGACACAGAGAGGGCACUGAUCAUUGAGCAACACAAACGAGAGCUGAAUGAUCUCCAAGACAUUCUCUUUGCAAUGGAGCAAAACUGUACUGAAAGAGAGAAUGAUGCAAGACAGGAUUUCCAGAGUCUUAGAGAUGAAAUCAAGAAUAAGAACCUUGAAGAGAAGCAUGCAUUGCGUCUCCAGCUUGAAGGCCAGGUAGAAGACCUCUGGGCCCAGUUUCAACAAGCCCUUAAGAGCUACCAGGAAUCAACAGAAGAAAGAAAGGCUGCCUUUGAAACACUCAAGGAUAAAGAUGAGAAGAGUGCAAAGGAAAUUGAGAUGCAGAUGCGCAAAUUGCAAAGAAUAUCAGACAAUAUUGCAUCUCUUAAAGCUAAGAUGUCCCAGAACUCAAGAGAAAGUGAAGAGAGAAAUCGAGAUUUGAGAGAGCAGAGGGAGGUUAUUGCUCAACAUUUCCAUGAACUCAAAAGCCAGAUGAAUAACUUCCGGGAAAAUGAAAGAUCAAGGCUUACAAAACUGACGUUAGAAAGCAAUGCGUCUAUCAAAGAAGUGAAAAGGAAACUUGACAUGGGUGAGAGGAUAUUGAAGCUGGCAGAGAUGAGCCGCAAACUGGAAACUGAAGAGGAGAAGGUUCUUCCCUUUUAUGCAUCUAGUUUAACAGCAGAAGAACAGGAGGAUGUUGCUGCAGCAGUAGCAGAACCCCCAUCAGAACAACUUGCAGAGAUCAUGCAUGAAUACCAAUCCCUGGAGAACUUCUGGAAGCGCUAUAACAAGGCCCUGCUGGACAAGGUUGCCCUUGAUAAGGAGCGAUCUACCCUUACGAUGGAGAACCAACGUCUCAGGACUGUCCUGAAGCAGUAUCUUGAUGGUAUCUCGGUGAAUGAUGAGAUCCUCAGCCAAGUCAAUCCACUCUUUGUUAUCAACCAAAAGACCAAUGCUCCAAUGGCUGUACCUAUCAUGGACCCAAGAGUGCAACGACCUACUCAGACAGUAGUGGAGGCUGCACAUGUUAUCAAACACACAAUCUAGAAAGGUGCAUUCUUCAGGAAUCAUAUAUUCGAUGAAAAAUGUAUAAUAAAUUCAAGAGGGAUGUUUUUUUGUUCCUUUUCGUGUUCUUGAUUUAUACAGAAGAUGCAGUAAUGCUAAGGUUUUCACUAAAGAGAAAGUAGAUUUACAUGAAAUGCAACUUCUCUGUAGUCAUCACUCAGAAGGUGUUACUGUAUGUCCGUGCUAAACUUUCAUCAAGAACACUUUUCUAGCGUUCAAGCUGAAGAUUGAUGUUUGGUGUCAUAUGUAGACUGUAGGGACAUUUUUAUUUACAUGUGCACCAAUGGACUCAAAAUUUGUAUAUCAUAAUAGUAUGCUUUGUGUACAAAGGUAGUGAAGUGAAGCAAUGUGAGGCACUAAGCAUUACCAAACCCAAUACACUGCAUGACUUAUCAACUGUUUGUUACAAUGAUUGCCCCCAAACCGUGUCUUUUAACAGAAUAGUGGACAGGCAGUGUACUGGCAAUAUGAUCUGUGUAUCGCAGUAUUCCACUCCAUCGAUUUUGUAGGCCCUGAACACAAAAGCAGACUAUAAUAACAUUUAUGUGGCAGUCUGCUAGUGAACAUGUGUAUCAAAAAGUCUCAAGUAAAAGUGAGGUCAGCCCACUAUUUGUUUACACCAUGAUUUACUCUUAAUGCAAAAAUAGUUUCAGUGUAUUCAUCAUAGUUCAGGGUUUGCAUUACUAGUAAUUUAAAGAGAAAAACAAUAUUUUGGCGGAUAAAAAACUAGUUCCCGUCAAACAACAACAACAAAAUAUUUGAAAUUAGUAACCUAUUAAGACUGAAUACAGAGAGUGUGUAAGCAUUUAUCUUAAUUCUUACGUGAUUACCAAAGGAUCAUCAAUGAAAUCACUCAAUCUCAAAAGAAAUGUAUGAUUUUUGUCUCACCUGCAUAGCAGAGUGAGACUAUAGGCGCCGCUUUUCCGACGGCGGCGGCGACGGUGGCGGCGGCGUCAACACCAAAUCUUAACCUGAGGUUAAGUUUUUUAAAUGACAGCAUAACUUAGAAAGUAUAUGGACCUAGUUCAUGAAACUUGGCCAUAAGGUUAAUCAAGUAUUUACUGAACAUCCUGCCUGAGUUUCAUGUCACAUGACCAAGGUCAAAGGUCAUUUAGGGUCAAUGAACUUAGACCAUGUUGGGGGAAUCAACAUCAAAAUCUUAACCUAAGGUUAAGUUUUUGAAAUGUCAUCAUAACUUAGAAAAUAUAUGGACCUAGUUCAUGAAACUUAUACAUAAGGUUAAUCAAGUAUCACUGAACAUCCUGCAUGAGUUUCACGUCACAUGACCAAGGUCAAAGGUCAUUUAGGGUCAAUGAACUUUGGCCGAAUUGGGGGUAUCUGUUGAAUUACCAUCAUAACUUUGAAAGUUUAUGGAUCUGAUUCAUGAAACUUGGACAUAAUAGUAAUCAAGUAUUACUGAACAUCCUGUGCAAGUUUCAGGUCACAUGAUCAAGGUCAAAGGUCAUCUAGGGUCAAUGAACUUUGGCCAAAUUGGGGUAUUUGUUGAAUUACAGCCAUAAAUUUGAAAGUGUGUUGGUCUAGUUCAUAAAACUUGGACAUAAUAGUAAUCAAGUAUCACUGAACAUCCUGUGCGAGUUUCAGGUCACAUGAUCAAGGUCAAAGGUCAUGUAAGGUCAAAGAACUUUGGCCACGUUGGGGGUAUUUGUUGAAUUGCCAUCAUAUCUCUAUAAGUGUAUUGGUCUAGUUCAUAAAACGUGGAAAUAAGAGUAACCAAGUAUCACUGAACAUCUUGUGCGAGUUAUAGUAGUUUUCAAAAUCAGCACUGCUGCUAUAUUGAAUCGCGUGAUGCAGGUGAGACGGCCAGAGGCAUUCCACUUGUUUUUUAAAUAUCUUAUAAUAUCAUAUUUGCAAGACAGUCACAUUUUCUAUUUAUCAGACUAUUUCUUAUUUAUUUCUAUGAAUUACACAUAUAAAUAUUGAUAACUAAAUGUGAUUAAUUUCCAUUGCUAUUAUGUGGAAGGAUUUUUAAAUGUUUUAUGUGAAUUGAUAUACAUGUAUAUAGAGACACAUAUUAAAAGAUGAUUGUAUAGAAUAUCAACCAAUUGA